AGUGCCUUUGGAUCCCAUCCACAUUCAGCGUUGAAAAAUCAUGAGAUUGUCAGAAAUAUGCCUACGUCUCAUCAUUUACUUUGUUGCCCUAUUUAGAUUGUUUCAUAUUGCACACUUUUCAUUGCAGAAAACUAUAAGGCUACGUAAAACUCUAGUAUGUGGCAGACUACACAGCCACUUUAAUAACUCACUGAGUUAUUAGAGCCAAGUUCUUUGUUUGAUAAAUACGUCAUCGGCCUAUAUGACGUGAGCCCCUAUAUGGCAUUUUGUCCCUUUGGUCGACGCGAGAAGCCCCUCCGAGAGACACAGCCGCCCCGCCCUACCUGCAGAGAUGAUGUGCAACCUGCUCCUGUCCUGGGCCCUGGUCCUCACCGCCUGCGGGCCGGGCCUCUCGCACCCCAUCUCCGAAUCGGCCGAGAUGUCCUUCUCAGGCCCAGUGACAGUAGAGGAAGGCCGACCAGAAGAUCUGUCGCUGUCUGACCAGGCCUAUCUGUCCCAGGGCGGAAUAAAUUUGGGCUACCCCUCUCUACUGGCUGGAGACAUCCUCAACAGGGACGGACUGGGGCCCGAAGGAUUUCUGCCCAGGGAAGCAGUGAAAGAGGCCCUCCUGGAGAAACAGAGCAGGCUCCGCCCCUUCGCCCGUUUCCUGGGACAGAGGAGGCAGUACAGGAAGAGGGGCAGCGGCUCCGAGUGCUUCUGGAAGUACUGCGUCUGAGACCGGCGCGCGGACGCACUGACACACACACACACACACACACACACACGCACACACACACACACACACACACACACACACACACACACACACGCACACACACACACGUACCCACUGACACACACACACACACGCACACACACGUACCCACAGACACACACACAUGCUCACACACAUACCAUGCCUGCACAGGCACGAACAAAGGCACGCACACAUGCUCACGCACUCUCUCUCACACACUCACACACAGAUACACACACACAUACACUGCUCAUUUGCAAAUGCUGAUACAUCCAGCAUGCAUUGCAGAAACCCACCCAGUCACAUGCUCCCAGCGAAGAGCAAACCACACCACACAGCUGCACCAAGAACAUGACAACAGGAAACACACUGGCAGUUACAACAGCCCAUCAUCUAGAGAGACACCUUUUCUUCAGGGUACGUAAAGCCCUAAAGGCACUGGCAUUAUCACCUGAAGCAUUAACAAUCACUAAUACACACUGUAAGCUUUGGAACUUUUGAGCUUUAAAAGGCCUGUUAGUUUUAUUUUUAAAUACUUUUCUUUCAUGCCUGCUCACUCCAGUGCCAGAAGUGUAAAUAGGGACCGUCUGAAGAACUUGACUGAAACAUUUGAUGCCGGUCUGUAUGUUAAAUAGAAAUAAACCUUGUUUGGAAGAGCC